GGCGCCUCUGACAUCUCGGCAUCAUGGCCGCUGGGUCCUGGUUCCCUGCUUGCCGGAAGAAGGUCGCUUUUCUUCUGUGCCGCGGAGGGCGAUCCUUGGCUUCCCAAACCGAGGGGGAAACUCGGAUGACGCGAGUCCUUCAGGAGAAGUUUCCUCGCGCUGUUGCGGUCAAGGUCGUCGAUAUCUCAGGUGGUUGUGGAGCAAUGUAUGAAAUACAUAUAGAAUCAGAAGAGUUUAAGGAAAAGAGAACAAUUCAGCAGCACCAAAUGGUCAAUCAGGCUCUAAGUGAAGAAAUUAAAACAAUGCAUGGACUGCGGAUAUUCACUUCUGUUCCCAAGCACAGAACUGACUGAUAGCACACGAAAACUGUGCUUUUCAGAAGUUAUGAGAAGAUGCUCACUGGAAAAUCCUAAAAACAGUGGGUUGUAUUUUGUUUUCCCCCCUUCCAAUCACCAAUGCCUGGUUUCCGCAGCAAUAUUUAUGUCAGAUUGAACAUUUAAUUGUAUUGGAUAUUUUUUUUUCAAAAAGACUAGCUGAAGUUAUAGUGAAAGUCUCCUUAUCCAUGGUAUUAAAGCCAAGAAUGAAAAAUAGGAAAAAAUAUUUGCAACAUUAUCUUGCUCUUUUUUUUAAUUCAAAGCUCUGUCAUGGUUCAGAUGGUAAUUUACUUGAAACAUAACAUAAAUUGCUGCUGCUUUUGUUGAAAUUUCUGAUGGGGGAAUGCUAAUAAUAUU